GAGGUUGGGAUGGUAAUAAUAAUUUGGCUGAUUUUUGGAGUUAUGAUAUAAAUACAAAAAAAUGGAAUCUCAUUAGUCAUAAUACCAGAGAACAAGGAGGUCCUGGUCCAAGAUCAAAUCACAAGAUUUGCCUGGAUCAUAUCAUGAAGAGAAUAUAUGUUUUUGGCCGAUUUAUUGGUCGUGGCUCUCGCGCUAAUGCGAAUUUUAAUUCAGAUUUUUAUAGCUAUGAUAUAAUAAAUAAUCAAUGGAUCAAACUAUGUGACAACACUGCGGUAUUAUUUAACACUUUUAAAAUACAAUUUAAAUUCAUUCAAGGUGUAAAAUUAUACUUUACAAAUAAAAAUACAAUUAUGCCUGAUGUACAAGAAAUUAUCAUAUUUACAAAUCCGAAAUAUUUAGCAUUG